AUGUUUGGAAACGUUGCCCUCGCAUCCGCUUGCCUCGCGGCCCUCGUAGCAGGUCUACCGGUCGCCGAGCGCGACACCGUCCCAGACUCGUACACCUUUUACCAGGGCGACGGCUCGACCGCCGCCGGAUGGCCGUCCAUGGACAGCUGGCUCCCCCUCGACGAGCUCUGGGGCCGCAACAGUGCCCUCAUGAACCAGACCUGCACCUGGAACGGCUGGGGCGCGGACGACUCCGAAGGCGAGAUCGCCGCCGUCGGCAAUGCCAUUCAGCAGGCCGCCGCCCAGUACGACGUUGACAGCCGUUUCGUCCUCGCCGUCAUGAUGCAGGAGAGCAAGGGCUGCGUCCGCGCCCCCACCACCAACAACGGCGUCGUCAACCCGGGCCUCAUGCAGUCCCACAACGGCGCCGGCACUUGCGCGGGCGAGCCCUCCUGCCCCGAAGACACCAUCAAGCAGAUGAUCGACGACGGCGUCGGGGGGACCGCUUCGGGCGACGGCCUGAAGCAGCUGCUGGCCAAGGCCCGGGGGGACAUCGGCGCCGGCAGCGACGACGGCCGCGUCUACUACACCGCCGCCCGUCUCUACAACAGCGGCAAGGCCGACUAUACCAACCUCGACUUGGGCCUCGGGAGCACCGCCUGCUAUGCUUCCGAUAUUGCUAACCGCCUGCGCGGCUGGACUCAGGCUCGCAGUACCUGUGGUUAG